GACAAUUGUCUAUUUGUUAUCAAGAAAUAGAUGUCCUAUUUUUUAUAAUUUAAGUAAAAGAAAUGCUCCGAAUGAUGGAUUAAUAAACAACACACUACCAUUUAAUAACCUAAAUAUAAUUUACAUUUGAGAUUUAUUAUAAAUGGCAUCUACCUCCAGUGAUGAGCAGGAAGAUUCUUCUUCCUCUCUUACCAAUAAGCUAUUAAAAACCCGUGAUGCUUUGGAGAAAUUGAGUUUAGCCAAUGUUCAGGUAACUGAAGGUGAAGAUGAGUUGGCAGCAUUUAGACAGCAGUGGCAGCGUGAAUUAGAGGCUACUCCCUCACCGCACAGAGAACCACCUCGACAACAGACAAAAUUGGAACCUGAAGAACCUGUUAGUGAUGAAGAAAAGGCAAAGCAGCUUUUCCUCCGUGGUGUGGAAUUGGAGAGGAGCGGAAAACUGUAUGAAGCCAUCCAACAUUACAAACGGUCAAUGCAGAUUUGUCCUGAUGUCGAGACUAGACUUUAUGAGAGCACUGAUCAUAGAGCUGAUACUCCUAUUGAGGAACUGAAAGUGGAAGAAGUAAGAGAAGUGGAGGAUGUAGAUAGUGAUGAUGAAAUGAUAGAAGGUGAGGACCUCGUGACUCGGCUGCAGAGGAUUCUUGCAAGGAAGGGAACACUCUGCCAACCGGAGUUCACUACAAGGGGUGGUCACAUAUCAUGGCUGCCGUACGAGGUGGUACAACUGGUGCUGCGCUGGGCGGUCAGCGCAGACCUGGAUGCUGUCACACUGGAGAGGAUAUCGGCAACCUGUCGUGGUCUCUACCUUGCAGCUAGAGAGCCUGACAUUUGGCGGCUGUUGUGUGUCAAGACUUGGGGUAUAGAAUGUGGGGUCCCUCGUGGACACGGGUUCACAUCCUGGCGUCAGAUGUAUAUAGACAGACCUCGUAUCCACCUUCACGGCUGCUACAUCAGCAAGACCACGUACCUACGUCAUGGAGAGAACUCCUAUCAGGACCAGUCCUAUCGGCCUUGGUAUCUCGUCGAUUACUAUAGGUACCUUAGGUUCUUCCCUGACGGUGUGGUGCUGAUGUGGACGACGGCAGAGGAGCCGGCGUCAUGUGUGGGCCAGCUGAAGCACCGCGCAGCAAAGCCCAGCCUCGGCAUCAUGCCCGGACAUUACAGGCUCGUCGGGGAUAAGGUUGUGAUAGUUAUAAAAAAGGUGAGCAGCGAGAAGAAGCCGGCGCACGCGAGCAACACGCGCUUCCGUUCGCGCAGGAAGGAGACACUCGAACAUCACGAACAGAUAUUCCAUCUGGAGUUGGAACUGCACAACGUGCGCUCACGACGCAACUGGCAACUGUCAUGGCGGCACUACGCGGUGUCUUCGCGGCGUGACCAGUGGACACAGUUCGACCUCACACCUAACAAGUUCCCGCCCUUCGCCUUCAGCCGUGUCCGCGCAUACACUGCUGAGGCACACGCACCCCUCGCCUCGCACACGUAAACGUUUUGGAAAGUGGGUGCGUAUAUUCUGUUGUAAAUGUCAUUUGUAUUUAUAAAUGUUGCCAUGAUGCAAAGUCAACAGAUUAUAUAAUUACAAUGUAAGUGUUAAGUGAAGAUAAAAAUAAUAUAUUUUGGGCGCUAACUCUUAUGCGGGUUUAAAUUUAGAGAUAUAUUUUUUUUCUCUAAAAAUAACAUUUAUUUGAAUCGGGUUUUAUUACAAACAUUUUUUCUUUUCGUUAAUUGAUUAUUAAAAAAAAAAGAAACAAGUUGUAUAUUUCGUUUUUUUUUCCUUUUUUUAUAAUCUGUGAUUUGUGUAGCCCAUAUGAACGCACAACAGAGGCGCAAUGUAGCGAUGUUCUUACUUCAAGCACUUAACUAUUGUACAUAAUUCACGCAACUAAAAGAAAUGCAAUAAUAAAAA